AUGGGAAAGCAAAACAAUGUGACUGAAUUCAUUCUUCUGGGCAUUACAACGAAUCCACAGCUGAGGAAAAUAUUACCUGUUGUAUUUCUCAUCAUGUAUGUGUUAACAGUUGUGGGAAACCUAUUCAUUGCCGCCACUAUGGUCACAAGCCCAAAUCUGAGGUCACCGAUGUAUUUUUUCCUCACUGCCUUGUCUCUCAUAGAUGCCACCUACACUUCUGUCAUUGCCCCCAAGAUGAUUGUGGACUGCCUCUCCGGUAUCACCACCAUCUCCUUCACAGGCUGCAUGGCCCAGCUCUUUGCAGAGCAUUUCUUUGGUGGUGUGGGGAUCAUCCUUCUCAUCGUCAUGGCCUAUGACCGCUAUGUGGCCAUCUGCAAGCCCCUGCACUACAUGACUAUCAUGAGCCCUCAUGUGUGCUAUUUGCUGCUGGGAGGAGCAUGGUUGGGGGGCUUUAUCCACGCAGUGAUCCAGCUGGUCUUCAUGUAUCAAGUACCCUUCUGUGGUCCCAAUGUCAUAGAUCACUUUAUCUGUGAUCUGUUUCAAUUGUUGAAACUGGCCUGUAUGGACACCCAUGUCCUGGGCUUUUUAGUCAUCCUCAACAGUGGGGUGAUGUGUAUGGCCAUCUUCCUUAUCCUCAUGACCUCCUACACAGUUAUUCUCUGCUCCUUGAAGUCUCGUAGUUCUGAAGGGAGGCACAAAGCCCUCUCCACAUGUAGCUCCCACUGCACAGUAGUCAUCUUGUUCUUUGUGCCCUGUAUUUUCUUGUACAUGAGACCUGUGGCCACUUACCCAAUAGACAAGGCAAUGGCUGUGUCUGAUUCCAUCAUCACACCCAUGCUAAACCCAUUGAUCUACACCUUGAGGAACACAGAGGUGAAAAACGCCAUGAGGAAAUUGUGGCUGAAACAAGGGACUUCAGUUGGCAAGUGA